ACUAAACUACCGACCGGUCGCCAGCUUCUGGAAGACGAAAAUUCAAAAAACACUUUAACGGCGGCCAUCUCCGAAGAUGGCAACUAAACUGACACAAGGCGCUCACGCUAUCUCAACGCUGAUGGAACAGACUAAAAGGUUCGAUGCGAUGUCGGUGUAUCUCUCGAAGUCGGCGGAUCUCGCGACGAGUCAAGCUAACGAGAUUGCUACAUGGGUUUCGAAAUUGAUCGAUGCUGUGACCAAGAUCCAACGAGAGACCCAAAGCGCUGCUGCAGCGUGUCGAGAACGCGUACAAGUUGAAAUUCACACGCUCAAGACCCAGGCAGACUCAACCAAGCGAAAGAUACUAGAUACCACCGAAUUGGAUUCAUCACGGACUGUUAAGGCGAACUUCAGGUUGAUAUUCGGACCGCCAAGAGAGGCAGAGUACAAAAGCAGAAGCACUAAAUCUGUGAUGGCCACGAACCUCCUCAGGAUUGGUACUAUCCGUGGUUUGUGUGAAAGCCACCCUCAUGGUGUGAUCGCCCUGUCAACAAGUUACCCAACCAAAGUCUGGACUGAAUCUAGCUUGGAAGUUUUCGAUGGCCUCAUCAAGCUAGUGAAAGAAGAGGAAGAGCAGGAUUGGCCUGAGGACAUAGUCGACAUUAUGGACGAAUUGGAAAUGGAAAGACCAAUGUGUGAUGAGUUUAGGAAUCUUCGUGCAAAGAUCUCCCAGCGUAGGGAGCAACGCCGUCGGAGGAUGGAUGACUCCGACGGACCCGCACCAGAGAUUCAAGCAUCGCUAGUGCAGACUGGCGAAUUGACUACUCAGACUCCAUCUAUUCAAUAUGCCUCCGGGACAACUCAGUUGCCAAAUCUACACCAAAUGGCACUUCCCGCGCCAUCCUUAAAUAGUGAUCAAACGCAGGAUCGGAAUUACAGGCAAACUGUUAUCACUAAUAGUGAUGGCACCUUCGUUCACGAACAGCGGCAACAGCCACCACUUUGCGAGAGUCAUCACUCAUUACUGCGAUAUGAGCAACAGAGGCUGGCAGCAGUUGAUUCAUUACCACCAUUCGGGGAAAACAGGGAAAUGAAGGAUAUGUACACAAAUGCACCCGCUAGCGACAUAGUAAAAAUGCCCGAGCCAUUCAGAACAGCCGUCCAGAAUAGCCGGCUAUGGAACUGGGAAAGAAGCGAAAAUAUGGAGACGACAGGAUGCUGGCCAAGUUUAUUUCCGAAGGAUAACAGACAGGAUGUCUCCUUUACCAUCUGGUGUGGCAACGACGACGGAUACCGUCUAACCAAGUUCUUCGGGGGACAAAUAGAAAUCUCCUCCUAG